UAGACAUUGGUGGUUUCUUCCUACACGUUCGCCAAUUGUUUAUGUUUAUUUACCUUUAAUAAUUUAAAUAAUGAUUGACUUGCCGCAACAGAGACCCCACCACGACAUAUCCGCGCUGUUUGCGGAGGCACAUCCGGAUUUUCUGCGGGUGAGCGCUCCAAUGGUGCGCUACAGUAAGCUAGAAUUCCGGCGCCUCGUCCGCCUCAAUGGAGUUCAACUCGCCUUUACGCCGAUGAUGAUCUCGGACUCGAUCAACAACAGCGAGAAGGCCCGCCAAAACGAGUUCUCCACGGGAUACGAUGACCAGCCGGUGAUUGCCCAGUUUGCGGCCAAGGAUCCCACGGAAUUCGUGACCUCUGCCCAGCUCAUCUAUCCGUAUGUGGAUGGCAUCGAUUUAAAUUGCGGAUGUCCGCAAAGUUGGGCCAUGGCAAAGGGCUACGGAUGCGGGAUGCUGCGCCAGCCGGAACUAGUACGUGAGGUGGUGCAGCAGGUUAGACAAACGCUGCCCACCGACUUCAGUGUCUCGGUGAAGAUGCGUCUACUGGGAGGAGAUGAGUCCUUGCAGCGCACCAUCGAUCUGGCUCGCCAGUUGGAGCACGCUGGCGUCACCUUCCUCACUCUCCACGGCCGGACGCCAGCGCAAAAGCACUCGAAGGACACACUGGACAUCCCAGCCAUGUCAGAAGUACGCAAAUCCCUGCAGAUCCCCCUGAUAGUCAACGGCAAUGUGGAGAGCUACAAGGAUGCUUGCGAUAUGCAUGAGCAGACGGGAGCCGCUGGUGUGAUGGCUGCCCGUGGCUUGCUCGACAAUCCGGCGCUCUUUAACAGCUCCUACCCGGAGAGCAGGACGACACCUUUGUCCUGUGUGCAACAGUGGCUGGAUAUAGCAGCAGCUGCCGGAGACAACCUGCUGUUUCAGUGCUUUCACCAUCACCUCACCUUCAUGUGGAGCGCCCAAAUGAAGCGAGAGCUGCGCGUCCAAUUUAACACUUUGGGAACCAAAGAGCAGGUUGUGGACUUCCUCAAAGAACACUAUAAUCUGCAAUAUGGGGAUGAUCCAACACCGGCUAACUAUACGGAUUGCACCUACACUCACUUCACGCCGCCCAAGCACGCCCGGCACAUUGCCGCCGAAUCGGAUGAGCAGGCCUGGAGUUCGAAAAGCGAUGGCAAGUUCUUUACGGAAUUCAGGGCGCACCAGUUGACGGGUACUGGCGGAGAAGAUCUGGAACUGGGAGGACUCUUUGGCAACGAGGAGUAAAUUCUUGUAUAAAUGUAUUUUUAGCUGGACAGGUAUAAAGGUUGUAAAAAUUAAAAUAUAAACCAGUUUUUGUGUGUAAG